AUGACAAUGAAUAUACUGGUGAGGCAAGGAACAAAGAGAACGCUUGCUCUUCAAUCGGCUACCCAUGUUCUCCUGUUUAGAUACAUCAACGAAACACAGAAAUGUGCAAUUGAAUUGAUUGACAGGGAGUCGUUUUCAUCGAAGUCGUACAAGCAACUCUCCCGAUCAAAACCUCAGGGGUUUCUUGGAUUAAUUGAAAUGAAUAAUGACAUUUUUUUGUGUGUAAUUACUUUUAAACUUCAUGUUGCACAACCACUACCUCAUGAAUCCAUCUAUAAAAUCGUCGAUGUUGAAUUUCAUUCCUUGACGAAUGACACUUGGGAUUUUCUGGAUAUGAACUCAAAUGGUUACCCUAACAUUGAAAAUGAGCCAAAUGGUGCCUCUUCCUCAAUUCACAACGAUUAUACUCCAAGAAUUCCCCAACAUCCAUGCUGGGAAUUAAGGAAACUUUUAUCUGAUGGUUCCUUUUUCUAUAGUACUGAUUUCGAUUUAACUAGUACACUACAAGGUAGAGGAGUUCAUGAUAGACAAAGGUUGUCCAUGGAUUUAUUCCAUACGGACUACAUGUGGAAUGACUUUAUGAUGGAAGGUAUAAUUAAUUAUAGAAAUAAUCUAUCGGAAAAACAGAAGCUGAUUCUAGACGAUGAUCACUUUCUAACUACUGUCAUUAGAGGAUUUGCGGAAACAUUAAAUGCACAAGUGGAUGGGAAACCUUGCACAAUCACAAUUAUUUCUAAACAAUCCUGGAAAAGAGCAGGCACUCGGUUCAAUGUCAGAGGAGUGGAUGAUGAUGGAAAUGUUGCUAAUUUUGUUGAAACAGAACUAAUAUUCACCAAUCACCAUUACAUUUUUGCAUUCACACAAAUCAGAGGCUCGAUACCAGUUUUCUGGGAACAGGAUACAGCGCUUAUAGCACCUAAAGUCCAAAUCACCAGAAGCUUUGAAGCUGCGCAACCUACUUUUGCAAAACAUUUUGAAAUGUUGAAUAGUAAAUACGGCCCUAUUCAUAUUGUUAACUUAUUAUCGAAAACCAGAAGUUCUGAAAUUGAGUUGAGUGAAACGUACAAGGCUCACUUCAAGAAAUUGCAGUCAACUACCCCAGAUUCCGUCUUCUUCACCGAUUUUGAUUUCCAUCAUGAAACCGCUAAAACUUAUGCUGAUGCAACAAGACUACUGCCAUUUUUACAUGACUCUUUCCGGGCAUUUGAUUAUUUUCUAUACGAUAAUAAACGCCAUAUUGUUGUUAACGAGCAAAAAGGUACGUUUAGAACCAAUUGUUUGGAUUGUCUUGAUAGAACCAACGUCAUUCAACAGGUUAUAUCUCUAAAUGCUUUGAUGGAAUUUUUACAUUCUGUGCAUUACCAUGAUUUCUCCAACUUGAAAAAUAGGCAUAGUACGUUAUGGGCUGAUCACGGUGACAGAAUCUCUCAAAUUUAUACAGGUACCAAUGCUCUUAAGUCGAGUUUCUCUAGAAGUGGUAAGAUGGGGUUUGCGGGAGCUUUAUCUGAUGCCACAAAAUCUAUCAGUAGGAUCUACAUCAAUAAUUUUGUAGAUAAAGGUAAACAGCAAGUCACAGAUACUUUACUAGGUAAAAUCUCAAAUCAAAAUCAGGUUAUGAUUUAUGAUCCUGUAAAUGACUUUAUCAAUUCUGAGUUACAAAAGUUUGAAUCGAAAUUUACAACACAUGAGAGUAUUAAUAUUUUCACCGGUACUUUUAAUUUAGCAGGAGCUCAUAACAAUAAAAACCUGACUGACUGGCUAUUCCCAUACGACAAUUUCAAUCCCGAUUUAUUUGUUAUUGGUUUUCAAGAAGUCAUCGAACUAAAUGCUUCAAACAUUCUAAAGUCUGAUGGCUCUGUCGGACAGUAUUGGACUAAGGAAGUGGAGAAAACAAUUCAGAAGAAUGCCAAUGAUAACUAUAUCUUGCUUAGGUCUGAAUUCAUGUCAUCAAUUUUAUUACUGCUUUUUGUCAAAGAAGAUAAAGUUCCCCUUGUAACUGAAGUGGAAGGUAAAUCAAAGAAAACAGGUUUAGGUGGUAUGACAGCCAAUAAAGGUACUGUCGCAAUAAGGUUGAACAUAGCCUCAACUUCUUUCUGUUUUGUCAACUCACAUUUUGCAGCUGGCUUAAGUUACACCGAAGAGAGAAAUAAUGACUUCAUCAGUAGUUGGAAUGGUGUCAGAUUUUCCAGGAAUAGAUACAUAAAACAUCAUGACAAUAUUGUUUGGCUUGGUGAUUUAAAUUAUAGAAUCACUUUUCCCAAUGAAAAGGCCAGAGCGUUGAUUAAGGAGAAUGAUUUAUCAACUCUAUUCACAAGAGAUCAACUCUCUUACCAAAUGAUGAGAAUCAAAGAAUUCAAGUGUUUCCAGGAAUCUGAAAUCAAAUUUCCUCCUACUUAUAAAUUUGACAAAUUUUCAGAUGAUUACGAUACUUCUGAGAAGCAAAGAGUACCAGCUUGGACGGACAGAAUAAUUUACAGGGGAAAAUAUUUGGAAUCAGUUGCUUAUGAUUCUGUUCCAAUAGUAAAAUUUACUGACCACAGACCAGUCUUUAGUGUUUUCAACUCAAGAAUUACCAUAAUUGAUGAGGAAACUAAAGAUAGCAUAUCUAAUAAAUUACGUGAAUCGUUUCUUAAUAACUCCAAUGGUAAGUCAGAGUACAUAGAUCUCAAUGAUGUUGCUUCCUCAGCGGCAUCUUCAGUCAUGUCUACAAAUUCAUCGAGGGCAACGACAAUAAACCUGAUUGAUAUGGAUACUAGUACUCCGUCCACUACACCACCAUUACCAAGAAGACCCGUCCCUCCUGUCUAUAAUGCACAGGAGACCAAAAAGAUGCUCGUACCUGGUUUGACCCCCGUUAAUAUACAAAACGCUAUCCACGUUCCAAACAUAGUCAAGCAAACUCCAAGGGCGUCUCCGGCAAGUUCAGAGCCAACUAAUUUUGGUUCAAUUUCGGUCAUGACCCCAACAAUCUCUAGGUCAGGAUCAACACCACCCCCUCCCCCUCCAAGGAGGAAACCUGCAGAGUCGGCUAGCCAACCUUCGUCACCAAUGCACGGCGCCUCUUCUUUACAAGAAAAAGUUGCUGAACCACUGAAAACUGCACCUAUUGUUCCUUCCAAGCCCAAGGCACUAAAUGGUAUUUACACUGGCGACUUAAAUAAAAGUUCAUCGAGUCAGGCCCAAGCUUCAACUACGUCUUGGGUGCCAAUGACUCCUACAAAGAAACUGUAA